AAAAGUUAGCGAGUUAUUUUGCUUAUAGAAAUUUAAUUAGGAUAAGUACAAACUAAUUAAGCUAUAUGAAUUUGGAUAAAUUGUCAAGUCAACCAUGCGAGUCGUCGACACUCGUCGUUACCAAAAGGGAGAAAAGUCAUACGAAGAAAAUAAUAAUAAACCGGAGAAGAAGUUGGAAAAAAGAACAAAAACAAAAAGACGGAAAAGAAAUUUGUGGUGGGGGAAGACUGUAUAUAGUCUUAUAAGGCGAGCAUGCAAACAUGUUCAUCACAGUUUCCAUUUUCCUGUGUAAAGAAUAUGAAAGGCUCUGUGAAAUCAUUUAGUCUCAUUCCUAUUUCCUUUUGUUUUCUCUUCUUAUUUCGUGAUGAGUUUGCGGUUCCUGCUAGGCACUUGUGCCAUCCUCAACAAAGGGAAGCAAUUCUGGAGUUGAAGAAGGAGUUCCAGAUUCAGAAGCCUUGUUUUAACCGGUCUCCGAAGACGGUGUCAUGGGUGAAUAACAGCGACUGCUGUUCUUGGGAUGGUAUCAGAUGUGAUGCCACUUUUGGGGAUGUGAUUGAGCUGAACCUUGGUGGCAACUGCAUCCAUGGCGAGCUCAAUUCCAAAAACACUAUUUUGAAGCUUCAAAGUCUUCCUUUUUUAGCAACUCUCGACCUUUCAGACAAUUAUUUCAGUGGUAACAUUCCAUCUUCGCUUGGAAAUCUUUCUAAGCUAACCACUCUUGAUCUUUCAGAUAAUGCUUUUAAUGGUGAAAUCCCAUCUUCACUUGGAAAGCUUUAUAACCUCACCAUUCUCAAUCUCUCCUGGAACAACCUUAUUGGUAAAAUCCCAUCUUCUUUCGGCAGAUUGAAACAUCUCACUGACUUAUCCGCUGAACAGAACAAGCUUACUGGUAACAUUCCUGUUACACUACUAAAUCUAACAAAAUUGUUAGAUUUAUCACUCGAUUACAAUCAGUUCACAGGCAUGCUUCCACCUAACGUAAGCUCACUCUCCAACUUGGAGGUCUUUUACAUAGAUUGCAACGCUUUAACUGGAACUCUUCCUUCUUCCCUCUUUAGCAUCCCUUCUUUGCUUUACGUUACUUUGGAAGAUAACCAACUAAACGGUACACUUGAUUUUGGGAACGUAUCUUCAUCAUCAAAGCUAAUGCAACUACUACUCGGGAAUAACAACUUCGUGGGAUCGAUUCCCAGAUCCAUCUCCAAAUUAGUCAACCUUGAUACACUUGACCUUUCGCAUCUCAACACCCAAGGCUUAGCACUUGACCUUAGCAUUCUCUGGAAUCUCAAGUCACUCGUAGAACUCGACAUCUCCGACUUGAACACCACCACUGCGAUUGACUUGAAUGAUAUCUUAUCACGUUUCAAGUGGCUGGAUAAACUGAAUCUCACGGGAAACCACGUUACGUAUGAAAAGCGAAGCUCAGUAUCAGAUCAUCCGUCAUUAAGCUAUCUGUAUUUGUCAGGAUGCGGAAUCACCACCAAGUUUCUAGAGCCCCUACGAACUCAACACAACAUGUGGAGACUAGACAUUUCCAACAACAAAAUCAAAGGUCAAGUCCCUGGAUGGUUAUGGGAGCUAUCAACUCUUCAAUACCUGGAUCUUUCCAACAACACUUUCACCAGUUUCGAAAGUCCGAAUAAACUCCGGCAACCAUCCUCUCUGGAAUACUUUUCCGGCGCCAAUAACAAUUUCACGGGCAGGAUCCCCAGUUUCAUAUGCGAGUUGCGCUCUCUCACCGUUCUCGAUUUAUCUAACAACAAAUUCAACGGUUCAUUCCCACGUUGUAUCGGAAAGUUCAGUAGUUUUCUCGAAGCUCUAAAUCUUAGACAAAAUCGUCUCAGCGGACGUCUUCCAAAGAAGAUUAUAUCAAGAGGUCUAAAGUCUUUGGACAUCGGUCAUAACAAUUUUGUGGGAAAGCUUCCAAGAUCUUUGAUCGUUAGCUCUUUUCUCGAAGUUUUGAACGUGGAAAGCAACAGAUUCAACGACACGUUUCCAUCCUGGCUGAGUUCUCUCCCCGAGCUACAAGUUCUUGUCCUUCGCUCCAAUGCAUUCCAUGGACCAGUACAUCAAACUCGGUUUUCUAAACUGCGGAUCAUCGAUAUAUCGCAUAAUCGGUUCAACGGAACGUUGCCAUCGGACUUCUUUGUUAAUUGGACAGCAAUGCACUCUAUUGGAAAAGAUGAAGAUCAAUCUUACGGACAGUACAUGAGUAUAUACUAUUAUUUUGAUUCAAUGGUUUUGAUGAACAAAGGUGUAGAGAUGGAGCUGGUACGUAUCUUAACAAUCUACACCGCUCUAGACUUUUCGGAGAACGAAUUUGAAGGAGUGAUUCCAUCGUCCAUCGGUUUGUUGAAAGAGCUCCUUGUCCUCAACUUAUCAGGCAAUGCUUUCACUGGCCACAUCCCGUCAUCUAUGGGGAACCUCUCGUCUCUCGAGUCACUGGACCUUUCCAGAAACAAGCUUACGGGAGCAAUUCCACAAGAGCUAGUAUUGCAUUUGGAUUCACGGUGGGAUACAUAGUGGUUUCCUACAAACCAGAGUGGUUUAUCAACCGUUUUGGCCGAACCGAACGCAGAAGAAUAAGCCCCACACGUCGUUAAAGAGCUUUCUUAAACCUAAGGGAAAAAUCUCAAAGAAGAAAAUCAACCAACCAAACUAGAAGUAGAAGGCCUGCAAAGAAAGAAGGUUGGAUUAAAAUAAUUUCAGAUGAUUCCAAAUAUUUUUUGUUUUCGCAUCAGACAGAUUAUCACAUUAUAAGUUUUAGUUGUUGUUUGAUCUUUUGUAUUGUGCGUAUCUGAUUCACUAUGCUCUCUGUAUCUCUAUAUCUGAAGAACCAUGUUUCAGUAAAACAGAAGUAGCUGAUUUCACAGUCACACAUGUCUUUUUUA